UCGCACUUGGCGGUGUGCGCGCCUUGCACGACCUGCCCAAGCAACCGCUGCAACCGCCAUGGCGACUGAGCCGCGGAGCACUUCGUUCAGAAUUGUGUGCGUGCGUGUUUCCUUAGUGAUGUGAUCUUGGGAUGUAAAAAAGUGCACAGGAUCAUCAGAAUACAUCAUCAUGGAUUCAUUGUGGUUGUCUGAGUAUUAAAGUUCAUACAAGGAACAACGAAACAUGCAGGAUUUACCCCCUGGAUUACCUUCCGGUGCUAUUAUGACCAACCAGCAUUUUGUAAGGCUCAACAGCAGCCUUUGCACCAUGACCUUUUACGUAUAAGGGCGGGACGUGCACCAUGACAGAUGCCAUGGAGACGAUGCGGGCCCAGAACCCUACCAUCACGCCACCUAGCAUAAGGAUCAAGAACAUCCCGAGGAAUGCUGAGACCGGAACGCGGUUCCCGAAGCUUGGAGAAUGUGCUCACUUUCACUACGACCAGAUGGACCUGGCCACGGUGCAGAUGUCUCUGGUGGAACGGAGCAAGACUCACGAAGAAGCGGACAAGGAAAACCACCGACAGACGUCCGAAGAGGGUGGUGGUGGCAUGUGUUGUGGGUGGACGGUACAGGUGACGAGCGGAGACCGAUGCUGGACAUUAAGACGCACUUACGACAAUUUCCGGCUACUCGACCAGCAGUUGCACCGAUGUGUAUACGACCGACAGUUCUCCAAGCUACCGGAACUGCCUCAGGAACCUCCUGUCGGGGACGUCCACGAUGAGGAGGCAGUACAGAAACUUCUCACAGACUACCUGCAGCGUUUUUCCAGCCUGGUGGGAAACUUGCUCAACUGUGGCUCUGUCCUCAACUGGCUUGAAUUGGACAACCGUGGCAAUCGUCUCUUGGUCACAGAUGAAUCCGCUAUCAAUACACCUGCAGUAGCUGCAGCCUAUGUCACCAAGAGCUACCAAGCACAGGCUCCAGACGAGAUCUCCUUUGAGGUGGGUGACAUGGUGUCUGUGAUUGACAUGCCUCCUGCUGACGAAUCUACUUGGUGGAGAGGAAAGAAGGGCUUUGAGGUGGGAUUUUUUCCGAGCGAAUGUGUACAGGUGAUCGGAGAUAAAAUUCCCCACAACCUCAAGAUUCCAACAAAACCAGUGCUUCGUAGGCAUGGCAAGCUGAUCGCGUUCUUCCGGUCGUUUCUGCUGUCUCGGCCGUCUAGGCGAAAGCUGAAGCAGAGCGGGAUUCUGAGGGAACGCGUCUUCGGCUGCGACCUCGGAGAGCACCUUACCAAUACUGGCAGGGAUGUCCCAUUGGUACUCACUAGCUGCGCCAAGUUCAUCGAGCAGUAUGGCAUCGUGGAUGGCAUAUACAGGCUAUCAGGAGUCACUUCAAACAUCCAGAAGCUUAGGGUAACGUUUGAUGAGGAUCGUGUACCAGACCUAAACGAAGAUGAAAUCCGUCAGGACAUUCACUGUGUGGCAUCACUUCUUAAGAUGUACUUCAGGGACUUGCCCAACCCUCUGCUUACUUACCAGCUGUAUGACAAAUUUGUGGCUGCCAUGCAGUUGCAGGGCACCAACCGCCUGCAGCGCAUUCGAGAGGUAGUGAAGGAGCUCCCUCCGCCUCACUAUCGAACAUUGGAGGCGCUUAUUAGACAUCUGUCCACGGUGUCGGACCAUGGGAACCGCACAGGGAUGACGGCAAGGAAUGUGGCCAUUGUCUGGGCGCCCAACCUUCUCCGGUCCAAAGACUUGGAAGUAGCCAGUGUUGGCGUGCUCAAAGUGAUAGGCGUCCAGGCGGUGCUCACAGAGUACCUCAUCUGCUACGUGGACCUCAUUUUUAAUGACAAGAUGCCAGCUUAUCCAAGCAGUCCCGAAUCUCAGCAGAGCACACCACGAAGGAACAGCCGGCCCAAAUCUUUAGCUAUCUCCACUCCAACGAAGCUCCUUUCCUUGGAGGAAGCACAGUCACGAGCACUGGCUUCUAAUCUUCCUGGGUCGCAGCCACAGAAAUAUAUUGACGUUGGAGGAGGACCUGAGAAUCUUCCUGCAAAGUAUCACACCGUCAUCGACCUUCCACUUGGGAAACGAGGCAGCGGCAAAUUAAAGAAGUCUCCUCUUGGCUGGAAAUCUUUCUUUGUGCGAGGUUGGCAUUCAGGCAGCACUCGGGAAAAGGAUAAACACUCUCCCGGACUUCGCAAGACCAGUGCAGGGUCACUGCCUCAUCAUCAGAGCCUUCCAACUCAGGAUAAAGCCCUCACAGAGUCAGACAUGGUUCACAGUGCAUCGAGGCAACUUCGAAGUGUGAAGAGUGCAGAGUCUUUGGUUUCCAGCACGGAGCGCUCGUGCCGAAACUCUGACACUUUAGAUUCGUGCAACUCAUCAUCAGACGCAUCUCGUGUACAGCCCUUCCAGUGGUUGCCUGAGACGACCCCCACAACUUCUCCCAGUGGUCACAAGCACGUGCGGUCUGUUUCGCAUGAUUCCUACUUUGAACGAGGUGGCAAUGGAGGGCUGGACCUAUCCUUGGACGACCUCAGUGCUACUUACGACCUUGUGGCUCAGCAAGCAGCACAAUCUCCAACAUCCCCCCCGCAGAAAUCUCCACGAAAACAGAAACUCUCUUCAGAUGUGGAAUGUGCUAACCCUAAAGUACAACGGCUCAGUGACUGUGCAGAAUCCUCAGAAACCUUGAGGCAAAGUAAACAUGCAGGAUCAAUAGAAAUGCAGGCAGAUGAACCUGCUUUGUCUUGUGCUUUUCCCGCUGAAGCAGAUAUCAAUAAGGUUGAGCCAGUGCAUAGGCUCAGCUCAGAUGACCACAGUGAGAAGUCACAGCCAGCAAGUCGUUCACUGACACCGUUUUCAAGCCGACAACCUUUAGCUGUUCACAGUCCUGACGACAUCGGGCCUUACCAAUCUCCCUCACCUCAAGAGCAUGUCCAAAUGAGCUGCCAGUACAGGAAUGCUCUGGACGCAAAACAACAAGCGGGUGAGAAAACUGUACUUGUUGAAGUACAUGCCACGCAAGAAGACUACAUUACUUACCGAGACUGCAGGUCAUCCGAGGAACAAAAUAUGGGCCAGUCGCAAAACGAAUCUGACUCGGACGCGACGGAAGGUGACCUCAGUCCGCACCUUGGUUGCACUUCUCUUGCUGAAGACAUUGCCAGUUCUCUUAAAAUGAGCAACAGUGAAAUCAACACAGACUUCCUGGUUGGUGCUGUGGACAAAAGGGAAGAUGCAGCGAAUGUGCUCGACCAGGCGGAUCUUCCUUUCGUGCCACACGAGACCAGUUUCUUGAAUAGACUUUCAGCAGUUCUUCCCUAUAUUGAGGACACGGACACUUCCCCUUCUGCUGUGUCAUCUCCAUGCGCACUUGUCACUGCCUCCGCAAGGUCCACUCCGCACUAUGUUGAGGAGUUUGAAGAACUUCCCUUUACCAAAGAAGAAAUGUGCACCUCCCCCAUGACAGAGAUGUCAUCUGUGAUAGACAGGGAUGUGUCAUUCAAUUCACCCGCUCCUGAUGGAGAGAACUGUAGCGUCAAUCUUACUUCGGAGAUUGCGAGAACUCCUGAGCAUACUAACGUUAAUGACAGGGAUAAUGUUGAACUACUUUUGAACAACCUAAAGGAACAAGGGGGGUCCCUGCCUUCAGUCUGCCAUGAUGAACAGGACUCGACUUCGGAGGAUGAGGGAAAUGAUACAAUGCCGUACGCGUACCUGGAUGAGAGCCCUAUGGUUGAAACGCUCAGCCAUAGCUUAAGCCCACUACCUCACUCUCAAAGUCAAGACCAGAAUAUUUGCCUUCUGUCACCUGCAGAUACUAGCAGAGAUACUGACUCGCUUCCUGUUAUUGUCAGUGUAGCAGCAAAGCAGCCUAGCUCACCAGAGGCACUGGUCACUGUAGACGGACAGCAUUGUCCACACAAUGUCGAAGAAUCGUGUGUUAUGCAGGUGGAAGCCUUAAAUCAUGUCAUCAAGCAAGAAGUACUGAAUGAAAUUCACGAUGAUGUCCAAAAUGGUGAGAAGUUUAUGGAACUCGAUGAGAGUGUUGUGAAUGAGACUACAAGUAACAGGCCUGUGAGCUAUCAUGACAAGUUUGUUCAAGACCACCCUGAAGUACCAGUUGAAAGAGGUGAUAUUACUGACACUGCAGAAAGAAAUUUGCAGCUUAGUUCUAGUCCACAUGAGCUCCAGUCACAUUUGACAGAAAACGAACAUUUGGAAAGAGGAACCAGCAAGGGCUUGGUAGAAAGCAGGGGGCAUCCAGAAGCCCAUGAGCUACCUUUGGAUGUAAAUACUCAGUCUUCCAGAGACUCAUCGCCAUCUUUUACCGCAGCAGAGCUGGAAGACAUUGAGAAUUCCACAGAAUUGAGUGUUGUGCAAACAUCACCUGCCAAAGAGGAAGUGCAACUCCGCUCAACUUCUUCGGUGGUUUCCUGUGGCCAAACAUCACAGUCAGAGCUGAAACGGAAGUCAGAGCCGCAGCCGUCUAGCCACACAAAGGACCUCCUGUGCAAGAGGCUGUCCGAACCAGCUGCCUGCCAUCCGUGCCGCGAGAGGAAAGGAUCCGUGAAGGAACUAACAUCCAAGUUCGAAGGCAGUGACACCAACUCCGUUCCCAGUGCAGAUUCCAGCCCAUCAAAGGGAUCGCAGCCAAGUCUUUUCACUCAGCUGAAAGUGAUGAGGUUAAUGCGGAAUAACCCUUCCCCACCUUCUGCCACGUUGACGUACGAUCCCUGGUCUGACCCCAUACUUGACAGCACUGUUGACAGCAGUGUUUACGACGAGACAGUGCCAGUAAAGCCUGGUGAGGUUCACCAAACUGAACCUAUAGUGCAAGAAGGGAAAAAGGUCACAGAAAGUGUGGAUGGCACGAAAAAGGUAGAAGAUAAGAUAGCUCAGGUAAACAGAAAUAAAAGGUUUAGUGCCGGCGUCACAAACCGUCAACAGGGCACAGGGGGCAUCACGGCGGCUGAGACUGCGGAACCACAGAGGCCAAUAUCUUUGGACUUGAUGAAAGUGAACGCCCCCAUGCAGAAUGAAGUGACAGAGACCAGCAAAGGGAAAAAGUCAACCACCUCACCUCACAUCGACAGUGAAACUCGGAGGAGAAUAGAAAAGAUCAAGGAAGAACGCCGUGCGCAACUCAGGGAGAAACUCAAGUCUGAAAGUUUCAGAACAGACGACAGGCCCGAUGCUACAAAGCAAAGGAAAACAUCAGAAGGUGGCCCAGACACAGAAAAGACUGAGAAGAGCACCGUGGGGGUAUCGUCACGGUGGUCCAGACACAUCCCAGAUGGAAACCAUCAAGCCGACACCAAGGGUGCAGGAACUGGAAUGACAAAGCACGCAGCACCAUUUAAAGGUGCAGAGAGCAGGAAAGGGCUACCAAAAGGAAACGAGUCUAGCAAGGCAUCCAUAAGGAAGAGCGAUGGUCCAGUAUGGGCGAAACAAGCUGAACAGUCAAGUCCUCUGGCCCCAGCAGCACAGCAUACGACACAAGCUGGACGCUUGUGGGAAAAGCAGACUACACAAGCAGGAAAAGCAAAGACUGCAGAUUGGAGCAGAGCCCCGAAAGAACAUCAGCUGACUGGACGAGCGGCCUCAAAGCAGGGAGGAGAAACGCAAGGGUCCAUUUUGGCGUCAUCGAAGCCACCCGUACCAAAGACGACAGGGAAAGACUCUGAUGCUGUCUCGAGAAAGGAAGAUCUGUCCCCACCGAAACGGAUACGUGAUCGGGCAGCCAUGUUUGAGUGCCGUAACCAAAAAGAGCAGCACGCACCACAUAGGAUCACAAGGACAGACUUGCCUUCUUGUUGACAGCGCUCUGCUUUCCAUUCGCGAACAGAAGUAGAUGGCACUUUGUAGGGUUCAAGCCUUGUUCAUGUACUUAGCGAAUGAGGAUGCUGCUUAAGGGGGGACUUGAGUUGUGAUGUCUGCCGAAGACGAUGAGCCAUAUUUGCGCUCUGAACCUAGCACAGUUUUUUUUUUUUUUUUUGCUUCCUCUUCUUACUUUGUCUGCUUGACUCUGCAGGCAGCAGGAAAACACAGCAAAAUCAUUCCAUUUUCUACACAAAUUAUAAACAGUUGCCAAAAGAAUUGGGUUUUCCCAUCACUUUUGUAUGUUACUUCAUACCUUAUCAUUUUUCUUAACGAUUUUAAUGCUGUUUGCAUCUUAUGACCUCCAAGUUGUGCUUGUAAUUGUUUUGCUAUUAAUUUAUUUUUUAAAAAUUUGUAGCAAAUGGACUUCAAGCAACGUUUGUAGAGCUGUUUCGAUAUGUACGACCACCUUUUGGUACCAAAAGCAUAAUUAACACGAGACGUUGCCUGUGCAUCAAAAUUUUAAAUUGUUGGAACCGUUGGGAGCCUAGUGGUAGCGUAGCCUGUUCAGAGGACCCAACUUGUGUAAUUCUCAACUUGGAAUCUUCGUCACGUAUGUACAGCAUGAGAGAUGCAUUGCAGCUUACGCUUGCACUGCUAACUUGCUAAGGGUACGGUGCUAGAAGGAAAGCCCUCUCUGUCACUUUCUUGUAUAUUGAGGUUGAUUGACUGUCUAUAAGGUGAAUAUGCUGCGAGAUAGUGUAACAGAAAGUGUAAAAAAUCAUGCUGGGCUUUCUAGCAGAUGUACGGGAGGCAAACUGAAAGCGCUGUAAAUUUUUUAUGCCUCCCUGCAUUUGCUAAGCGUUUGGAACUUUUACCCGCAUAGUUUAGGUUCAAAGUAGCUGCCUUUCAGCCCUGUAUUAUAAAAUGAAUAUAAGUCAACAUUGAAGGUGGAUAGAUGAAUGCUUGUAUAUUUUGAUUUGUCAUGAUUUUUUUUUUUACUUUUUUCUUUUUACUUCCAGCUUUUAGUUGUUGCUUUGUGUGAAUGCAAUGUACAUAUUGUUGGAUUUUAUAUUGUAAUAAUAUUAAGAAGAUAUAUAUAUACACUAUAUAUAUAUAUAUGAAAUAUAUGCAUGUCAUGAAUGAUA